UGCCAUGGAUACCCAGGCCAAGAUGAAGGGCAUCCAACAACGCCACAUGGUAACCUGGAAAGAGGAGGAGCCCCGCUGUGCUGUGCUGUGCUGUGCUGUGCUGUGCUGUGCUCUGGUGGUGUUGGUGGCGGAGGAUGGCAUGACGGAGCGGACGGGCGCGCGGUCUGUAACCGACCGGAGCAGAGUGAUCAUUGACAACAUGUUACCGGUCCGUGAGGCGGACGACGCGGAGCAGCGGAGCAGCGCCGGGGAUGAGACCUACACCAUCAUCAGUGACUACAUGUUUUGAUGAUCAGCAGGCUCCUGUGUGAAACUGACUCCCUGACCUGAUUGACAAUUAGAAGAUGCUGCCUCCAAAUGCUCAUGAAUAAAUGUAAAUGUGACUGUGAGGGACCAUUCAACCCACUCUUUGACUGAUCAUCAAUCAUAUGAGGGCACUCGGUGUGUCCCACAGCUGUGUGCUGUGCUAAAAGUCCAAAAGUGGAAGUGAAGUAGCCCUGAGGCAGCGCUAUGGGCUGUGGGGGGAGCAGGACUGAUGCUCUUGAGCCUCGCUACCUGGAGAGCUGGACCAAAGAGACAGAGUCCACCUGGCUGACCAGCACAGACACUGACAUCCCCCUGUCGUCCAUCCACAGCAUCACCUCUGAGAACUCUGAGGCCGGCUUCGCUUCUGAGAAAACACUCUGACCCGUUCCAGAUUUCUUUGAGGACGGCCUCCCUCCUCCUGCUCAGGCGUAUCUGAAGGUCUGCUCCGCCGUGUCUGAAGCCAGUCUGAAUGAUGUGAAACCCAGCAGCCCUCCUGCAAUCCUGGCCUCUCCGCCCAAAGAGGAGUCGCUGCCUUCGUCUGGCACCACAGUGCAGCGCCGAAGUGUUCUACACACUGAAGAGAUUACAAAAUGGCAGGACAAUCGCAUGUCGACCAAGCAGGUGACCAUCACAGUGACACAGAGCAUCCAUCAGGUGGACAAGAAUGGGAAGGUGAAGAAGUCCCUCACCACCUACGAGGUUAUGAAACCUGUGGAGUCUCUAAAACAGGUGUCCGCACAAAACCCUUGAGAGCAGGGGAAACUGGAAGAAGCCAAAGAAAAACGACGACUGUGAAAUAAGUAAACUGAAUAUUUUUUUGUGGAGAAGACUUGAUGGAUCUGAAGGCUGAGGGAGCACAAGAAGGAUGUGUGACUUUGCCGGAGUUUCUGAACACUUAAAUUCAGACUGUCAUAAAAUUUUUCUCAUUUUUGACUAGGCCAUAUUAUAUUUAAUGCUGUAAGAUGUAUUUCUAUGGUGCCUGUUACAACGUUUCACUGUUACUGCUAGUUUGGUAAGAGAAAAUACAAAAUAUGACAUUUUAGAGUACAUACAGUACUUAGACCAAAACAAAAUGAAGAACUCGUAUUAUAUCACAGCAGACAGCCUGUUUUCAUCAUUAUUUAGCACAAUCAAAUUUCUGUGAAGUAGAAUCUUAAUUUUAAGAUGCUUUUGAGAAUAAAUAUAUAUCUAAAGGUAUCUUUUACAGUGUUAUGCAACAUUACUGAGUAUUCAGAAAGCAUAAAACUUUUAUUGUUUCGUCAUUUGACAUGGACACAACAGGUAGUUGCUGCUGUGCUACAAUCUGAAUGGCUCAGGAAACUGAUAACGACGACUGCACUGUCUGGACGUCUGGACAGGAGUUUGUGAUGAUAAUGUAAAACUGUCUGACUACAUCGUGUUGUCUUGUACAAUGCAGUGUCUGGUUUUCUUAUCUAGUCACUUGUGUUUUCUAUAAUGACAAUAAAUAAAACAAAAACAUA